AUGGCGCUGCUGCGUGUUGCAGUGGUGCGAGCGGGCACCCGUAAUUAUGGCCGGUGGGUUUCGGGUGGGGCCUCGAGCCCAAGCCUUUCGAUAUGGCGGCGGAAGAAGGAGAUUGGCAAAGAAGGGCUGCUGGUGGCCAAAGAGCUCAAGAGGCUCCGGUCCGACCCGGUCCGGCUCGACCGGUUCAUCCGGUCCAGCGUCUCCCGCCUGCUCAAGUCCGACCUUGUGGCCGUCCUCGCCGAGUUCCAGAGACAGAACCAAAUCUUCCUCUGCAUCAAGCUGUAUGAAAUAGUCCGGAAAGAAAUAUGGUACAGGCCAGACAUGUUUUUUUAUAGGGACAUGCUGAUGAUGCUUGCACGAAACAAAAGGGUGGAAGAAGCUAAGAGGGUUUGGAAUGAUUUGAAAGAGGAACAAGUUUUGUUUGAUCAGCAUACGUUUGGAGAUAUUAUCAGAGCUUUUCUGGAUAACGGGUUGCCCUCAGAGGCAAUGGAGAUAUAUGAAGAAAUGAGACAGUCUCCUGAGCCUCCUCUUUCAUUGCCUUUUCGUGUGAUACUAAAAGGGCUCAUUCCUUAUCCAGAAUUAAGAGAGAAAGUAAAAGAUGACUUCUUAGAAAUUUUCCCAGAUAUGAUCAUCUACGACCCCCCAGAGGAUUUGUUUGAAGAUCAUUAG